UAAACGUUGUGUUGUGCAUGUGAUGAUACUCUAUCCGUGUUGUGCUCAGGUGUUUUUGUUAAGAACCUGGCGAGAAGGAAGUUCUAUGUUUACGCGGGUGGCGAUCGAUUACUUUGGCCUAGUCAGCGCCUUUUCUCUGUCAUCCACUAUCUGUCCUGUGUUUGUAUUGCUUUAGGAAGCGUAGCGGUGGAAACGCACAUCCGUCGCUUUGACGGCACUUUAAGAGGUAAUAUAGAUAUUUGUGGUUAGGAAAUAAAAAGCUGCGGUAGCUGGCUUGUUCGUUAACCUCCUCGUGGCACUUUAACCCCUCUUUGCUCACCCUUCGGGGCCAUGAUGCCUGUCAGCGCCCGCUCCUCUUGGCCUCACCUGAGUUCUGCUCCUCUCUGCUUGUGGUGAUGGAGUCACAGUGCGACUAUUCCGUGUAUUUUCCCGCCGCUCCCGUAUCGAAUGUCUCCGACUACGCCGCUCUGCCGCGGCGGAACCACGUCUACCUCGGGGAGACGGUCCAGUUCCUGCUGGUGCUGCGGUUCCGUGACGGCGGCGCGUCGCUGAGGGACCUGGCGGGGUCUCUGGUGGCCGUGGCCAGCGCGUGCGCGGCCGAGAGUCGGCAGCAGGCGCACGCGGAGCAGAGCUGCAGCAGCGAGGACGACUGGGACGAGGAGCCCGGAGCCGCAGAGCCUCGGGGGGAACGGGCCGACACGAACCGGACCUUCAGACCGUGCAACCUGCUGCUUAACCCCAACAGCGCGGCCAGAGAUGGGAGGGAGCCCGUGAAGUCUGCUCUGGUGCUGGAUGAUCAGGUGAUCUUCUGUCUCACUGUGUCGCUGGACAAGCUGCCAGCCAACACACUCAAAGCCAAGGUCAUAGUGACAGUGUGGAAGCAGGAGGAGGAGAAGGUGGAGGUGAGGGAACAUGGAUACCGGACUCUUCUGCAGCUCAGGCAUCCAACCCACACCUUUAGGCAGGACCUGAGCACCUUCAAGGCACAAGUGAGCACCAUCCUCAAAGUCCUUCCGCCUCCCAGUGUCCAAUGUCAGCAGAUGACUGUGUGUGGAAAACACGUGACUGUCCUCAAAGUGUUAAACUGCAGCUCUAAGGACGAGGUGUGUGUCAGAGAUGUGAAGAUUCUCCCUAAUUAUAACUCGUCGUAUCUGCCUAUGAUGCCAGAUGGUUCGGUGCUUGUAGUUGACAAUGUGUGCCACCAGUCAGCUGAGGUCACGACAGCUUCCUUCUGUCGCGUGGACAGCGAGUCUUCCCGUUUACCGAGCACGCUCAGUGCCCUGGAGGAGCAGAACUUCCUGUUCCAGCUGCAGCUACAACAUCAAUCAGAGGAGGACUCCUGUGAGGGCUUAGAAGUCCCACUGGUGGCCGUGCUGCAGUGGUGCGUGGCAGCACUUCCUCUCACAAGAUACAUCUCUAGUUGUUUCUUGCUACCUUCUAUUCGACUGGAUCGUCCCAGGCUGGUGAUGACGGCUUCCUGUCCCAGUGCUGUCAGGCCUCUGGAGCACUUUUGGGUAAAAUACACCCUCCUCAACGACUUGCAGGACUUUCUGGCCGUUCGUCUGAUCUGGAAUUCUGAAGCUUCCUCAGCUCACAGAGGAGGUAAUAAGGACACUGGGGUGGGAGCAGUGGUCUGCCAGUCUCCCCUCAACAACCUGGGUCAUUUCAGGAAGGGCUCCACCCUAUCCUUCACUGUUGCCUUCCAGAUCCUGAGGACUGGACUUUUCGAGCUGAGCCAGCACAUGAAGCUAAAGCUUCAGUUCACUGCGUCUGUGUCCACCCCUUCCCUGGAGUCUCCGAUGGGGAAGUCUCCUUCACCAUCCAGCCCCGCUGUGAGGGAGCUGCUGGGCCGAUCUCACAGCUUUUCCCACCAGCAGCCAUCCAGGCUGCAGCACUUUAGGUCUGGCAGCGUGAUGGAGCAGCGGAUCUCUGCAUCUCCUGCUGGAGCUGCGAUGGGCAGAGCCCCCUUCCCGCCCACAGACCACACCAUCAUCUCACUGGACAAAAUAGCCAAAAGGGAGUGUAAGGUGCUGGUGCUGGAAGCAGUGUAGGAAGCGCACACCAGGUUAGUCUCCCCAAUUUAUGUGCUAAUGACUGAACCUUUUCCUUUUCGGGGACGUUAAUAAUUCCUUUCUGAACAUGCCCGUCAGUCUGGGUUUGUGUGCAACCACUGUGACACAACAGUGCAUUUAUGUCACGAUUCUCUUCUGAGAAGCCAUUGAUCUACUGUUUUAAUGGUUCUGGUCACAGAAGUUUGAACACAUGUUGAUGACAUUUCUACAAGCUGUCAACCGAAACCCUAACCGAGCAUGUUUAGUAGAGAAGUGAUACCCAUGUAACUGGAGGCUGUGCUCACUAAAGGCUAUGACAGGAAACGAGAUGGGUCAUGAGUUCCACCGUUGGGCAGACAGGUAGACAGACAGGUAGACAGGCUACUGCUGAUGCCCUGCUGUAAUAGACACAGGCGCUAAAAGUGAGUAUGAGGAAGUGACUGCACUCACAGACGGGUCAUUGUUCUGCUCCAGCACAUUAUUACAAUUCAUACUGUACCAGAUAAAACUAAGUCCAAAGGUCUCGUAUGUGACCUCACUACAUCAUCCUGUAAUGUGUGCGCUGUCACUAACACUGGUGCCAUUCAGGUGAAUCUAGUCGGAGCACAUUAAGCCAACUGUCACGCU